AUGGAGGGUCUACAAGUCAAGGUCAACAAGGCCGUCAUCUACUCCAAGCCGGGGACCAUGGAAACAGAGGUGGUCGAGCUCCCUAUUGAAGCUCCGGGCCCAGGUCAAGUCCUCGUGCGCGUGCUCUAUUCCGGCGUCUGCCACACGGAUUACUCACUGUGCACCAACUCAUGGAAGGCCCCUGUGACAGUUCCAAAAGGUCAAAUUGGCGGCCAUGAAGGCGUCGGCCAGGUGAUUUCUCAAGGGCCUGGUGUCGUUAAUCCCAAAGUCGGGGCCAAGGUCGGGAUCAAAUAUGUGGCUUCUGCAUGCCUGUCCUGUCGAUACUGCCUCCUCGGCAAAGAAGUCAACUGCAUCGCCGCAAAGCUCAGCGGUGCCUUCCACCCAGGCACAUUCCAGCAGUUCCUCGUCGCAGCCAGCAACUACGUCACCCUCAUCCCAGACAAUGUCGCAGACGAUGCCUUGCCCGGCCUGGCCCCGAUCAUGUGUGCGGGCAUUACUGUCUACACUGCACUGAAGAACACCGACCUCCGCCCAGGUGACUGGGUCGCUAUCUCCGGCGGUGGCGGCGGACUCGGCCAUCUGGCGAUCCAGUACGCCAAGGCUAUGGGAUACCUCGUCGUCGCGCUGGACGUUGGGGGCAAAGAAUCAAUGUGCAUCGAGGCGGGCGCUGAUCACUUCGUCGACGUGUUGGGUUUCACCAAGUCAGAGGAGCUGUGUCAGCAGGUUGUCAAGCUUACUGGUGGUGGGGCACGCGUUGCCCUUGUCUGUACUUCCAGCAAUGCGGCGUACGCGCAGGCGAUCUACUGUCUUGACCAGGCGGGGACCUUGGUUUGUCUCGGCGUUCCGGAGGGAGAGCCACGGCCGAUUGAGACGGCGAGUGUGCCGCUCCUUGUCAGUCGGCAGAUUCGGAUUAUUGGCAGUAAGGUGGGUGAUCGUGCAGACGCGCAUGAGUGCGUGAGGAUGGCUGUCAAUGGUGCUGUCCAGGCGCAUUAUCAACUCAGGAAGAUGGAGGAGCUGAGUGAUGUCUUUGCGGAGAUGGAGGAGGGCAACAUCAGCGGAAGGGUCGUACUUGAUUUGCGUUGAGAUCGCCUUGCCACUCUGUUGUGAACGGAUGGUUUGAUAUUAGUAUCUAGGUUCUACCUUGGUACACUGACAAUACGCC